AUGUAUCGUCUCCUCUGUGCACUUUAUUUUGUUUCAACCGCUUCUUUUGCAUUGGAAGUGAUACCGGAAAGACCAGAAAUUAUAUACACUAAUGAAAAUUAUGUCAAAAAUGUGAAGGCUUCUGUGAGGAGACCAUCGAGAAACUCAAAAUACGUACUGAACAUUGAUUUGGUAACUUUACAACAGUGGAACAAAAAUGUUACUUUUCACUUUAAUAUAUACGAGAACUUGCACAACGAGUACAAAAUUAGCUUCGUAAAUAUCCCAGAUAUGAACUUCUGUGAGGUAAUAAAAUUUCAAUUAUUCCAAAAAACCUUAGAGAACACAAUGGUGAAGUGUCCUCUGCCUGCGGGACACAUUCAUGUACCAAAUCUAACUCUAGCAAUACCUGAUUUUCCAUACACGUGGCCAUUUGAGAAGUGCAAAGCUCGACUUACGGUUAAAGCACCUAAAGGUAUCAUUAUGAUCAUUGGUGACCUGUACCAUUCAUUGAAGCAAACUACCAAAAAGAAGCCAUAA